CUUCAGCACUGGAGGAGGUAGUAAUCAUCCCAAAUUUGAAAUGGGAACGAAGUUUGAGGAAAUCAGGCCAUAUACUCCUCAGGAGAUCUCAGAAUUACGGAAAGAUUAUGCCCAAAAUGGACAGAAAGAUGCAGAAUAUAUGUGCCGACUGUGGGAAAAGGGAGCUGACACAGUCAUGUUAACUGAUCUAGAAAUGAGAAAGAUCAGAAACAUAGUAGAGAACCCCUCAGUAUCGGAAGCUCUAGAGCAUGUAAUUGAGACAUCAAAAGGCGAUACACAUCCACUAUUAGAUUGGAUUACUGCAGCUUGGAGAUUUGCAUUUCCAACACUAGACCUCACUCAAUUUGAAUCAGCAGCACAGUGGACAACAUACGCACAAGCCAUAAAACAAUGUAGAAAAUUAGGUAUAUUAUAUUUCAUAUACAACCAGGUACCCACACCUCAAGCCGCACCUUUUACACCACAAUUUAAAAAAAAUCAUUAUUAAAGGAGCUCCAGCACACCUUAAAAUGAGCCUAGCUGGGCCCCUGCAAGCAUGUCAAACCAUCUCAGAUGUCAUGGAAUUCUUUAAAUCUUACAGGGAAAUGGACAUAGACAAGGUAGUAUCAUUUAAUGUUAAUAAGAAACAGGACAAGAAGAAAGUUACACCACGGUUUUCAAACAUAAGACCAUUUGGAAAACCUAAUCAAAUGCCCAUAAGACAGACUGCAAACAAACCAUGGAAUCCGAUUAGAAGGUUGACAGGAAGGAAAAAUAUCCCAUGGAGAGAGACACAGAGCAACCCAUGGAGACAGACAUACCAACCAAAACUUUUUUUAGGCAAUCGAAAUUUCAAACCAAAUUUCAGACCAAAAUUUUUCAAUCAGAACAACCACAGGCCCCCAAGAGCAGGACCCCCCAGACGCUACAUACCAAGACGGACCUGAUCAACCCGGCUGGUAGACCAUUCGUAGCUAUACCUAUAAUAACUAACAAAGGGCCGAGAAUAGUAAAAUGGCUAAUAGAUACAGGUUCUGAAAUUAGUAUAAUAACGGAAUUUACAGAACAUUUUAAAACUGACAAAAGGGUUAUAAUACAGGGAAUAGCAGCAGAAACAGAAGUACCAGUAAUAAAAUUAAGACUCAAAUUAUAUAAUAAGGAAUAUGAGAUUGAAGCAGCUAGUUUCAAUGCACCUUGUAAUAUCCUAGGCAUUAAAGAAAUAAGAAAAUUAUUCCCAGACUUUCUAAAUAAUAAGAGAAUAGCUAAGGUCAGAUGUAAUCUAGCAGAAGUAAAAAUACAACCUAUUAAAUUACCACACACACCCCCGACCUUCACGGCACAAUACCCUAUCAAAGGAGGUAUUAAGGAAAUAACAGAGACUAUACAAACUUUGCUAAAAGAAGGCAUUAUAGAGAAAUCUCAAUCAUUUAAUUAUAACAGCCCGGUAUGGCCGGUGUUGAAACCUAAUGGCAAAUGGAGAUUUACAGUUGACUUCAGGAGAGUAAAUGAAAAAACACCCAAACUUCCAGGACAACUUCCUGAUGUGGAAGACAUCUUUCUUAGAAUUAAAAAUUCAGCUCCAAAGGCAAUGGCAACUAUAGACUUAAGUGAUAUGUUCUUUGGAAUCCCAUUACACCCAACAUCUAGGGAACUUACUACAUUUACAUGGCAAGGACAGCAAUAUCAAUUCUUGAGACUCCCUCAAGGGUAUUUGAACAGUCCUAUUAUUGCACACAACACCUUAACAACUACAUUAAAGAACUUCGAACCAGAAUCAGAAUGUAACAUAUAUACCUAUGUAGAUGAUAUAAUGAUAGUAGGACAAGCCAUUGAAAAAGUACAAAGUACAUUAGAGAAACUAAUUCAACAUUUAAGAAAUGAAGGAUGGACUAUAAACCUAGAAAAAGUAAAUAAAGCAGGAACAGAAGUAAAAUUCUUAGGGGUACAUUGGACUACAGAAGGACCAACAAUACCCGAAACAGUAAUAGAUAAAUUAAAACAAAUUAAGCGACCCCAGAAUAAAACUGAGGUACAACAUCUAAUUGGCCUAUUUGCAUAUUGGAGGCAACAUAUCCCAUACCUACAGAUCAUAUUACAGCCUUUAUAUAAAAUAACAAAGAAAGCACAGGAUUUUGAAUGGGACCAAAACUGUGAAAAUGCCAUUAAACUGGUACUGGAAUAUAUAAACCAGUACAGCCACCUAUAUUAUAUACAGCCCGGUGACCACGUAUUUGUGGACAUCUUGUAUAUGCAGGGCUAUGGUAAUUGGAAUAUAUUUUCAAAAAAUAAAGACAGGGAAACACCAAUAGGCUUCUACUGCAAGAAAUUCCCAUGGUCAGAGAACAAAUAUUCGCUGUUCGAAAGAACCAUAUGGACAGCCUACGAGGCAUUCAGGACAAUCCACUCACUGCUCAAAGAGAACCAUGUGACUCUCCGGUCACAUAUACCCAUUUUGGACUGGGUAAAGGCACCAGGAGAGGCAUGGGCUGGACUACCCAUGGAAGGAAAGGUACUUCAAUGGAAAUGGUACCUUCAGGAGUUCCUUCGAUCAACACCUCUGUCAGCAAAGGGGUCGGUACCAGCGGUAUCGGAGUCGAUACUUCAGUCCGACAGGCCCAUGACUCCAGAGGGAUACAUUUUCCCAACCUCAACCCCUCCCCAGAAACAGGUACCAAUGGGCCAUUGGGGGACUAGAGAGUACGAUCCCUCCCUGGUUAAUGCCUGGUUCACUGAUGGAUCAGCAACUACGGUGAACAACAAAGUGAGAUGGAAAGCAGCCGCCUAUAGACCUGGGGAUGGAAUGGUCAUUACAGACCAGGGCACUGAUAAAUCAGCCCAACAUGCAGAAGUUAUAGCCGCACUAUUGGCGAUAAGACAAACUAUAAAGGACAAUUAUAAACAAAUUUAUUUAUACACCGAUUCAUGGUGUGUGGCAAAUGGCAUAGCAGUAUGGUCAGGUAAAUGGAGAAAUAAUGGAUGGAAAAUUAAUGGUAAAGACAUAUGGUCAAAGGCAGCAUGGCAGGAAUUGGAUGCAGCAAGCAGACUAAUCAAAAUCAUAGUAUACCAUGUCGAUGCACAUACCAAGAAACAGGAUGAGACAAAUAAAAACAAUGAAGUAGUAGACAAACUAGCUUCAGCAUUAAGUAUAAAAUUAAAAGGUGCAUGGAAGGCAAACAUUGAUCCAGAAACAGGAAAAGGUAAAAUACAGAGAGAAUGGAUACAGGUAAGACCAUCAACUAAGGACAUACCUAUAAGUACAGAAGAGAUACUGAAAAUCCAUGAGCAGUUAGGACAUAUAGGUACACAUGCACUAAAAAGUUGGUUCGAUAAAAGAAAUCUUAAGAUAACAUGGCAGACAAUAAGGAAAGCAAUCAAUAGUUGCAACAAUUGCCCAAAGGCUAUGACAAGAUUAACACACAAUUACCAAGGGAUAAUAGGACACCGAAUGGAUUUUAAUAGAAUCCUGCAAAUAGACUUCAUAGGACCGUUAAACAGCUUCAAGGGAAAAUAUUGCUGUACCCUAGUAGACAUAACGACAGGUCUCGGGAUGGCCCGAGAAAGCACACACCCAGAUCAAAACACGACGAUACUUACAGUCUGGGGAUGGUGUGCAGCAUAUGGAACACCAGAUAUAAUACAAUCAGACCAAGGAACUCAUUUCACAGGAGCCAAAACACAAAGAAUGGCUAGAAACUUAAACAUUCAAUGGGACUUCCAUAGAGCCUAUACACCGACAGCAGCCGGAGCAAUAGAAAGAUGGAACGGAAUGAUUAAAAAACAGCUAGAGAUGCAUAAGGGAAUGCCACUGUCAUUAGCAAUAAAAAUAGCAACUUAUGAAUUGAAUACCAGACCCAGAAUAAAUAGGAAGUCACCAAUAGAAGAAGCUAUACAAAAACAACAUACAAUAGAUUAUCCUACAGUUAUAGAUAGAGAAGUAAUAAGGAAUCCUAAUUGCCUUUACAGGAACCGGAAGAAUAACAAAUUAUCCCCAGCAGAAAUAAUAGCACCAGGAACAGGAAACAACGUGUGGAUAACUCAAGAUGUCUUACAGGAAUCAAGUAACAGGAAACCCACUUUGGAAUCCGUCAGGCAGACGCUUCGAUUUACUUAGCAAAAAUGGAAUGAGUAAUUUACUAUAUACCACAUACCAAAAAUAUAUGGAACCAUUGUCUGAUAUUUUCUAUAGAAUAGGUAUAUUAUCUAUGGCAGGAACGAUACAGGGAUGCAAAUACUGCACCCAUAAAUAUGCAAUGUUCUACCUAUCAGAACCAGGUGAGGUAGACAACCUCCCAAUGCUCUUGAUGCACUUAACGUUC